GUUCUACCAAAACAACAAGAUCAACAUUACAUGCGUGAUUAUACGAUACAGCUUACGUUUACUUCAUCAUUACAAUCUUUUCCUAAUCUACGGAAUAUAACAACUAGCACCUCAACCAGUACAGUAUCUGAGACUUAUUAAUUAUUCACCCGUAUCUUUCCCCUAGUCAUAGACCCCCUACCCUCCCCCUCCCUCCUCAGCAUGUUAAAGGUCUCGCGGUACUUAGUGAACUCUGUGGGAGGUCACCAAACACUACUAACAAGAAUGGCAUCGCAAUUGGCUGGUCAGCGGUAUGACCUGGUGGUAUUUGGGGCCACUGGGUAUACAGGACAGUUUGUGGUGGAGGAAAUAGCUCGGACAGCCCAACAGGAAAGGGCUAAAGGUAAAGUUCCACUCUCCUGGGCCAUAGCUGGGCGCUCUGAGAAGAAGCUGCAGGAUGUCCUAACCACAGCCAAGAAAGAGACAGGUUUGAGCUUGGAGGAUGUUGGACUCGUCCUGGCCAAUGUGUCAGACCAAAAAUCUCUGAAUGAAAUGGCUGCCAAGUCCAAUGUUGUCAUCAACUGUGUGGGCCCCUACCAGCUGUACGGCGAGCCAGUAGUGCAAGCCUGUGUGGAGAAUGGUGCCAAUCAUGUUGACAUAUCAGGUGAAACUUUGUUCAUGGAAAGUAUGCAGCUGAAGUAUAACAAGGCAGCAAAGGAGGCUGGAGUACACAUUGUGAAUGCCUGUGGGUAUGACUCCAUCCCAGCUGACCUUGGAAUCAGGCACAUGAUUCGCAAUUUCAAGGGUCAGCUGAAUGCAGUUGAAAUGUUUGUUCAUACAUCUGGAGGGGGCUCAAAAAGUGCAAUACACACGGGCACAAUGGAGUCUGCUGCUCUGGUCAUUGCCAACCGGUCAAAGGUUGGGGCAAUAAGGAGAGAGCUGUUCCCCACACCACUGCCAAAGCCAAAGUAUAAGGUUGCAAAGAAAGGAGCACUCUACAAGAAUGACAGACUUGGGUUCUGGGGUGUCGCCUUUCCUAGUGAUGAGCCCGUGGUGUACCGAACUCAAAGAUAUUGUUAUGAAGUGCUUGGGGAGCGUCCCAUCCAGUUUCAGCAAUUCCUUAGGAUGCCCUCAAUGCUGCACGGGGCAAUGCUGCUCAUAGGUCUGGCCUACUUUGCUUUGUUAAGCUCAUUUACAUGGACAAGAAAUUUACUUUUUAAGUAUCCUGACAUUCUCACAGCUGGGGUGUUCAAGAAAGCUGGAGCUAAGCGAGAAGAUCUUAAAAACUUAAAAUUCACUGUCACACAAAUUGGCCAUGGCUGGUCUGAGAAACUGGUUGAAGGCUCAGAUGAAUAUGCCAGUCCUCCUGAUUCUUCCAUUAUUGUGAAGGUGAAGGGUCCAGACCCUGGAUAUGGUGCCACUUCCAUCAUGAUGGUCUCAGCUGCCAUGACUAUUCUGAGAGAAAAGAGUUCGUGCUCCGAAAAGGGUGGAGUGAUGACACCAGGGAUUGCCUUUGCUAACACAGGCAUCAUUGAGCGCAUGUGUGAACGGGGCAUGAGCUUUACAGUGGAACAGGAGCAGCAGAAAAAUGAAAUCAAGGCUCGUUUGUAAUAAGUAGACACAAGCAUAAUGUUAAGAUUCCACUUGUUUUUUCUUAGCUGUUGUAGAAUGGCUGUUGAUCAGCCUCUGUUUAUCAUUCAUGUCAGUUUUCAGAAAUGUAUAUUUUCUCAGAUAUAAAAAGAUUUUUGUUAUAUUAUGGGAAUUAUGUUAAGUUAAUAAAUGAUAGAAAUGGCCGGAUGUGUAAUUCAAUUAAUUAAUUAAUUAUUUUUAUUUAUUUAUUUAUUUUUUUUUUAGCUGCCUUGUUUAUUUCUCCAUGCAGACUGUCUAGCAUGCUCAUUAAGAAUGUAAUUAUGAUAAUUCAAGGUUUAAAGUAACUUUUGACUUGUAUAUAUCACUGUGAUAUUUCUUUUCCUGUAUUUGAAGGGAGGCAUGUAUGAAGGGAGGAAACCCUACAGAAAAUACUGAGUUGCACUGAAAAACUGAGAAGAAAACUUUUUUCUGUAUCUUAUUUUGCUUCCUGGGGAAAUAAAGAUGUUCCUGACCAAGAUCAGGAGGCUACAUA